GCUUGUGGAUGGGAAGAUGGACCAAAGAAGGCGCAUAGCCGAAGGCUGAGGGCGAUCUGCGUGUGGCCGCCUUGGGCAUCCGCCAGCGCGUGGUCUGGGAGGUGGCAGCGCGUCGACUGGCACGGGGACCGAAGUGGGUUUGUGCUCAUCCGCCCAUACAGGGGACCUCUUGGGGAGACCGGGGUUGAAUCAGGGUGAAUUAUACAAUGGGGAGAUGCAGCUUCCACUUUUCCGAAAUGUUACCGGGAUUUUAAUUUGCGCCGGUACUUAAUAAAUAAGAUCAGACUGCACCAGUCAUUUCAGUACAGAGAGCAUGCAGCCUUUUAGCCAUUCCGAAGUUAGACAAAUGGGCGCAACGCCGUGAACUGCGUCCAAGGGCAUUGCGACUCCCAUUCUCUAUCUAUAUUUCAUAAUAAAGCCUGCGAAGGACGCCCAUAAUCGCCAGUCACCCAGCUGCCUUGGUACCGGUAAUGGCAUGGAGCAGCCCCUGACCGACAGCAAAGGCUGAUUUUAUCACUUUGGGCUGAUUCGUUUUUAUUCGCUCGUUUCAGUAUGUUUUGCUGACUGUUCCCAGAGUCGUCGGAUGUUCGCGACCAGGUAAUUAAUAAUAAGGCUAAAUGAGAGACCGAAGAUACAUAUCUGUUUUUUGUAAUAUAUUGGUUACGAGCCGAUAGAUUCGAAGCAAACUAUCCGGCUUUUGUAACAUGUGUGUCAUUAGUACGACGUAAUGUAACUGUACGGAUACAAAAGGAACGAACAUCAAAAGAAUUAUAGCAACUGAGAAUAAGGGCAGCUCUGCAUACGUAAAGCGAAGGCGAAGGGCGGGCGAAUCAGCGGGAUAAGAUUAUUUUCGCCGGACGGAGUGGGCGCGUUUCACUUGUGUGUGUCAGUCGUGAAACUCAAUCAUGUUGUGGGGUCGGUAAAAUGAGAAGCGGCUGGUUCACGCUUUAACAACAGACAGCAGCACUGAGCUACCCUGACGGCACCCCGACUGCCCGGGCCGUGCGCUGUCAAACACGACAAACACAGAUCGCCUACCAACACUACCGCUGUUUAUCCAUAAUAAUGAGGACGAGCGGCAGAAGAGCCCUGGCCGGCUGCUGAGGAGGAUGGGACGUGCUGGCGGACGGAGCCUCGGACCGCUGUCACUCCAACGCGCAGGAGCGGACUGUUCAAACCAUGUGGCUCCUGGGGACUGAGAGCGAGGCAGAGAUUCCCUUUGAUGACUUCAGUGUCUUCAGCAACGGAGAAAAAUCACCCUAGUGCCACGACGUACUCCCCACCCCCCCCCGCCUGCGAAGCCGGGGACAGUGACGCCAUCAGCUGAAAGGCACUCUCAGCAGGACCAUGCGUCACCAGUCAUUGAACACCAUCUCUGGGUCCUCCUCAUAGACCACACCCCCACGUAUAAAAGACCGCACCCCCUGUGAGGCCACGCCCAGUGGGUGCUGCGAGGGUCACCCCCAUGCAGGCGCGCAAGAAAUACGUGCUGCUAACUGCAUGUGCUUGCUGCUGGUUGCUGCUCUUCUACUGGGGCGGGUUGCAGGGCCGUCUGCUGAGGCUGCUGGGGAGGCACCGGGGCGACGAGGGCCGGCCCUGGCCCAAUUGGGUCGACCGGGACCAGCUGCUGGGCUAUGCCGACCCCGAUGAGCUGCAAGGAUGCGAGUGGGCGGGCGAGUCGCCACGGCGAUGGAGGCGGAGCUGGUCCAGCAUCUACAAGGACGUCCACUGUCGCAUGGAAACCUGCUUCGACUUUGCACGGUGCCACGGCCGCGAUGGCUUCCGGGUGUACGUGUACCCCUCCGAGAGGAGUGAGCGGGUGUCAGAGAGCUACCGCAAGAUCCUGACCUCCAUCACGGAGUCGCGCUACUACACGGGCGAUCCGCGUGAGGCCUGCCUCUUUGUGCUGGGCAUCGACACACUGGACCGUGACCAGCUCUCGGCGCAGUACGUGCCUGACGUAGACGAGCGGAUCCGCGGCUACCCGCUGUGGAACGACGGCCGCAACCAUCUCAUCUUCAACCUGUAUUCAGGCACCUGGCCCAACUACACGGAGGAGCUGGGUUUUCGUGUGGGCCAGGCUAUGCUGGCCAAGGCCAGCCUGAACGUGGAGCAUUUCCGGCCUGGGUUUGACGUGUCCAUCCCACUCUUCUCCAAAGACCACCCCCAGAAGGGUGGCGAGCGCGGCUGGCUGGUGCGUAACACGGUUCCCCCGAGGCGCAAGUACCUGCUGAUGUUCAAAGGGAAGCGCUACCUGACCGGCAUCGGCUCGGACACGCGCAAUGCUCUCCAUCACAUCCACAACGGCAAGGACAUCGUCUCCCUCACCACCUGUCGCCAUGGCAAGGACUGGGAGAAACACAAAGAUGCCCGCUGUGACCACGACAACCUGGAGUAUGAGAAGUAUGAUUACCAGGAGCUCCUCCAUAACUCCACCUUCUGUCUGGUGCCACGUGGGCGGCGCCUUGGAUCUUUCCGUUUCCUGGAAUCUUUGCAGGCCGCCUGCAUCCCCGUGUUGCUAAGCAACGGCUGGGAGCUGCCUUUUUCUGAUGUCAUCCAGUGGAAUCAGGCUGUCAUCGAAGGGGAUGAGAGGCUACUCCUGCAGGUGCCCUCCACCGUAAGGGCCUUGGAUGACGAGAGGGUGCUGGCUAUGCGGCAGCAGACCCAGAUGCUGUGGGACGCCUACUUCUCCUCCGUGGACAAAAUCGUGCUCACCACGCUGGAGAUUAUAAAGGACCGGGUAUUUUCCCAUAUCUCCAGGAGUAAGCUGAUGUGGAAUUCUCUCCCUGGGGGGCUGCUGGUGCUUCCUGAAUACUCCACCCACUUGGCACACUUCCCCUUCUACUACCUGAGCCAGGGUAUGAACCCCGGCCAGGAGUUCACUGCUGUCAUCCACGCUGUCAGCCCAUUGGUGUCUCAGUCCCAGCCAAUCAUGCGGCUCCUGCAGGUGGUGUCCAAGUCUAAGUACUGCUCUCAGAUCAUCAUCCUCUGGAACUGUGAGAAGCCGCCCCCCCCUCGCAGCAAGUGGCCCCCCAUGCCCGUCCCCCUGACCGUGAUGGACGGCCGGAGAAAGACUACCAGUCGCUUCCUGCCUCAUGUUGCCAUAGAAACGGAUGCGGUGCUCAGCCUGGAUGAGGACGCGGUUCUGCUGACUAGUGAGGUCAACUUCGCCUUCCUGGUGUGGCUCAGCUUCCCCGAGCGGAUCGUGGGCUACCCUCCCCGGAGCCACUUCUGGGAUGCCAGCAAGCAGCUGUGGGGCUACACGUCCAAAUGGACCAACGAGUACUCCAUGGUGCUGACGGGGGCAGCCUUCUACCACAGGUACUACCACUACCUGUUCUCCCAGUACCUGCCCCCGUCACUAAGGGCUCUGGUGGACCACACCUCCAACUGUGAUGACAUCCUUAUGAACUUCCUGGUGUCCGCCGUCACCCACCUGCCGCCCAUCAAGGUGGCCCAGAGGAAGCAGCACAGGGAGGCUGCCGGCCUGCAGGGAACGAAAAACGGGCCUUGGUCAAACCCGGAGCACUUCCCUCAGAGACAGGAGUGUGUAAACACCUUCGCCAACUGGUUUGGCUACAUGCCGCUGGAACAUUCCCAGUUCCGCCUGGACCCCGUGCUCUUCCGGGACCAGGUGUCCGUCCUGCGCAAGAAAUACAAGGACCUGGAGCGUGUCUGA